AUGAAGCGCAAAACAACGUUUACGCGGAAUAGUCUUGAUGGCAAUGGCCAGUCGGACCCCAAGAAGCGGCUGCUGGAUGAGACUAUCAAAUCCCGAUUCCGCGACGGGCUGCUUGAUAGGGCUACCUUGGAUCAAUCUAAACAGAGCUAUGCAGUCUCCGCACCGUACAAACACGGUGUGAUCUCUCCACUCAUCAACCCGACGCUCCUCCGCUCUGUCCGCACAGAGAUCCAAGAACACCUCUCCUUCACCGAGAAAGAGACAGACAUCUACAAAAUUUUCCAAUCCGGUGACCUCGCAAACCUCGAUGGGCUAGACAAUGCCUCGCUGUCCAAACUACCCUCGCUCCUUGAGCUGCGCGACGCCCUCUACUCUGCGCCAUUCCGCAAGUUCCUGUCGGAGGUCACAGGUGCGGGUGACCUGAGUGGCCGCAAGACUGACAUGGCCAUCAAUGUCUACACUGGCGGAUGCCAUUUGCUCUGCCACGACGACGUGAUCGGCAGCCGACGUGUGAGCUACAUUCUCUACCUGACGGAUCCGGAUGUGGCGUGGCAGCCGAGCUGGGGUGGGGCGCUCCGCCUGUACCCGACCACAAUCGAAAAGGACGACACUGGGAACGAGGUAAAGGUUCCAAGUCCGGAUUUUAGCCUUUCGAUCCCCCCCGCGUUCAAUCAAUUGAGCUUUUUCACGGUGCAGCCUGGGGAGAGCUUCCAUGAUGUGGAAGAGGUGUACUAUGCGGGUCCUGAUGGGGAGAAGGAUGGCAAGGAAAGAGUGCGCAUGGCGAUUAGUGGGUGGUAUCAUAUACCGCAAGAAGGGGAGGAUGGUUAUGAGGAAGGGUUGGAGGAGAAGUUGGCGGAACGGAGCAGUCUGCAGCAGUUGCAGAGUUCCGGAGAUGCGUUUGACCGGCCACAGCCACAGGUUACGCCUUACGAAGAUGUACAGGAAGAUCUCAAAACAGCUGGUGAAGGAGAUCAGGGUUUUACAGAGGCAGACCUGGACUUCCUGCUCAAAUAUAUCACUCCCUCCUAUCUUACGCCGGAUAUCACAGAGGAGCUUGUUGAGAACUUCACUACACACUGCUCGCUGAUCCUGGAACGGUUCCUCCAUGAUAAGUUCGCCACACGCCUCCGGGAAUAUAUCGAGCAGCAGGAAAAAGAAUCCUAUGCACUGCCCACCUCUUCGCAUGAGAUCGAGCAGAAAACAGAGUGGAAGGUCAGCAGGCCACCUCACAAACAACGAUAUCUGUACCAGCAGCCUCGAAUUGCCGGACAAGAGACUGAAUCCAAGACUCCUAUUCAGGAACUGCUGGAGAAUCUCCUGCCCUCUCAAGCAUUUAGGAAAUGGCUCUCUGUGGCGACUGGAUGCAGCGACCUCCUCGACUACAAUAUCCUCGCGCGCCGAUUCAGACGAGGUGAAGAUUAUACGUUGGCGAGUGGGUAUGAGGCCGAGACACCGCGACUAGAGUUUACGAUUGGGCUGACGCCGACAUCUGGGUGGGAGAAGGAAGGAAAUGAACAGGAACAGGAGGAGGAGGAGGACGAGGAGAGAGAAGAAAGGAAGGAAGGACACGAGGGUGAACACGGUGAAGCCAAUGGCAAAACGAAGGGAAAAGCAACGUCAAACACGAAUGGGAAAGAACGAAAACUUUCAACGGAGACUUCGACAGAAACCGAUGACCACUCCGUCGGUGGAUAUGAGAUCUACAUGGCCGGCGACGACGACGACGACGAUGAUGAUGACGAAGAGGAGGAAGCGGAAGCGGGUGAAAACAAUGAAGAUGAAAAUGACGCCAGCACGAAGAAAACAAAAAAGCGCGUAAAAUCCGACCCUGCAAUCUACAAGGCGAACUCGGGUGCGGAUGGCGAUGAUGGAGUCCUCUUCAGCAUGGCAGCGGGCUGGAAUCGCAUGAGCAUUGUCCUGCGCGAUUCAGGGACACUGAAGUUUGUGAAAUAUGUCAGCCGCUCGGCGGCGGGCGAUCGGUGGGAUGUUACGGGAGAGAUUGGGUUGAAAUUUGAUGAGAUGGAAGUCGAUGAGGAUGAAAAUUAA